AUGGAUUCCGACGAAAUUGUAGAACCUCUUAAAGAGGAAGAUCUGGACGCAAAGUACCCCAACCGACCUCACAACAGAGCUCCAACAUUCGCCUUUCAUGAUUUAUACCUCAACCUCUUCAAUCCUCUUAAUGAGCUAAAGAAAAAGCCAGGUGGUCCGGCCCCAGCUCGCCGGAAGCUCGGCCCGCAUGGAAAGAGUGCCUCGAGUCUCAACCCUUUCGAGCUUCGCCGUGAUGUGAUCGAGCGCUUUGUCUCGCGGUGGCGUAAAGAGGUCGGCGAUGAUAUUUAUCCAGCUCUUCGAUUGAUCCUUCCCGACAAGGAUCGUGAUCGACCCAUGUACGGCGUCAAAGAGAAGGGUAUAGGCAAGAUUCUUGUCAAAAUCAUGAAGAUAAACAAGGAAUCAGAAGACGGCUAUAAUCUCUUGAACUGGAAGCUUCCUGGCCAUGGUGCGACGAUGCGCAUGGCCGGUGACUUUGCCGGGCGAUGCUUUGAUGUUCUUUCAAAACGGCCCAUGCGAACCGAGCCCGGGGAUAUGACGAUAGGCGAAGUCAACGAGAAGCUUGACAAAUUGUCAGCGGCCUCGAAAGAGGAGGAGCAGGUGCCGAUUCUGACGGAGUUUUAUCGGCGCAUGAAUCCUGAGGAGCUUCUGUGGCUCAUCCGUAUUAUCCUUCGGCAAAUGAAGAUUGGUGCGACUGAGCGCACACUAUUCGACGUGUGGCACCCCGAUGCAGAGAGCUUGUAUAGCAUAUCUAGCAGUCUGCGGCGUGUGUGUUGGGAGCUCCAUGAUCCAAACAUUCGACUUGAAGGGGAAGAUCGCGGUGUCGCGCUGAUGCAAUGUUUCCAACCUCAACUGGCUCAAUUUCAAAUGCAUUCGUUCGAGAAAAUCAUUGCUCGCAUGAAGCCAACAGAAGAUGAUAACGUUUUCUGGAUCGAGGAAAAGCUAGAUGGCGAACGUAUGCAGCUUCAUAUGGUGCCUGAUGAUUCCUCCAAUGGGGGUCGGAGAUUUGGAUUCUGGUCGCGCAAGGCUAAAGAAUACACCUACCUCUAUGGAAAUGGUAUUUAUGACGAGAACGGUGCAAUGACAAGGCAUCUUAAAGAUGCAUUUGUUGAUGGAGUACGGAGUAUCAUCCUCGAUGGAGAAAUGAUUACAUGGGACCCCGAACAAGAUGCAAUCGUUCCCUUUGGUACACUCAAGACUGCGGCGCUGGCAGAAGCACGCAACCCAUUUUCCAAAGGCCAUAGACCGUUGUUCCGCGUGUUCGAUAUAUUACAUCUCAACGGGCGCGAUCUAACGAAAUAUACGCUCCGCGACCGCCGCAAUGCCAUGGAAAAGACCAUCCGACCUGUCCAUCGCCGCUUUGAAAUCCACCCUUACGAGGAGGCUACCACUACCACAGAAGUCGAAGCAGCUCUGCGUAAAGUCGUCGCUGAGGCUUCAGAAGGUUUGGUGUUGAAGAAUCCACGUUCUCUCUAUCGCUUGAACGAGCGCCAUGAUGACUGGAUGAAAGUCAAGCCAGAUUAUAUGACCGAGUUUGGAGAAUCCCUAGACGUUGUUGUCAUUGGCGGGUAUUUUGGCUCUGGUCAUCGAGGAGGCGCCCUAGCCAGCUUUCUGUGCGGGCUGCGAGUCGAUGAGAACAACAAUGAUGAGGAGAAAUCGAAAUGCUGGUCCUUUUGCAAAGUCGGUGGCGGAUUCACCGCGGCUGACUACCAGGAAGUCCGCCACCAUACAGAUGGGAAGUGGAAGGAGUGGGAUGUGAAAAAGCCACCGACCAACUAUAUCGAGUUGGCUGGCGGGGAUGCUCAGAUUGAACGUCCUGACAUGUGGAUCAAACCCUCCGAGUCAAUAGUCCUGUGCGUGAAAGCUGCUUCAGUGGCUGUCAGUGAAACAUUCCGCAUGGGUUUGACGUUACGUUUCCCUCGCUUCAAGAAGUUGCGCAAAGACAAAGACUGGAAAAGCGCACUCUCUGUCCAGGGCUUCCUUGACCUCAAGUCCAAUGCCGAGCAAGAGCACCGUGAAAAAGAGUUUGCUGUGGACAACUCUCGCAAGAAGCGGAUUAAGAGGGUCACGAAGAAACCGCUUACCGUCGCUGGAUACGGCGAGAACAUCAACAACCAGUAUAUUGGACCUUCCGGUAACGUUUUCGACAAGCUCAACUUCUUCAUUCUUACCGAGUCAACCGUCCCAGAAAAGAUGUCGAAGAUUCAACUGGAACAUCUUGUGAAGGCCAAUGGGGGCAAAAUCUAUCAAACAAAUACAGCUGCACCAGAUACGCUCUGCAUUGCUGAGCGAAGAACUGUCAAAGUAGCUUCGUUGCUGAACAAAGGCGAGCAACACAUCAUCCGGCCAUCCUGGCUGCUUGAAUGCGUUAAGCAAAACGAAAGAGAUGCCGGGAUGCCCGACUUCCUUCUCCCAUUCGAGCCUAGACACAUGUUCUUCAUAAUGGAAGAUAAAGAAGAAGAGUUCACAUGCAACGUUGAUCAAUUCUCCGACAGCUAUGCCCGCGAUACGACCGUCGACGAGCUCACAGAGAUUCUCAAGCAGAUGGAAGCCUCCACUAGAAAAACCGACCACACUCUGGAUGCAAGAACAACCCAUAGGAUAGAGACCCGCAUCCAGGAUCGGGUCAGCGCUGGAUACACAGCGCCCUGCGGCUGGCUCUUCAAGGGCCUGACCUUGUUCCUCCUCCCCCAAGCCCAAUCAGAUGGUAAACAGAAAGACCUGCGUCUGCACCUCGCACAAAACACAGCCCGCUUCGCAAGCGCUGACAUCGCUGCUUCAUUAUCGGACUCGAAUAUCACGCACGUGGUAGUCAACCCGGAUACCCUUACAUCGAAGGAUAUCUCCAAUAUUCGAGAGUCUCUCGCAGAGAAAGCCGGUACCAAAAUGCCUCAUCUGGUUAGCGUGGACUGGGUUGAAGAGUCCUGGAAGAAUGGGACUCUGGUUGACGAGGAGAGAUUUCAAGUACGGCGGUGA